GUGAAGUGCUCUUACUUCUGUAAGAGCAUCCCCACAAAACAGCCAGCUAUUGAUGUGUCAUCGAAACUAGGGCCUGUGCACAAUAUUAGGAAGUCUUUCACAGGCAGGACCAUGCCAGAAUUGGCCAAAACUUGCGUUCAGAUCCAUAAGCUGAUUUUCAGUGUGAGAACUGAUACAAAAAAAUCAGCACAACUGCAGAAGUGAAGACUGGAGAGUCAUCAUCAAAAUUAAACCUUGGCAACGUGAGAUUAAUUCUGGAUCAGCUCUUCCUGCUGAAGCUGGAGACUCAGCUCUGCUCUAGUGUGUUUGACACAAGGACUGGCCUGGGAUCUCUGAAAAAUCUUGUUCAGGGGAAAGAAACUGUCAGAGAGAAGAUAAGGAAGAGAUGAUUGUUCUUCCAGUAAGCGCUCUUCACAAUUUUGUGCCAGCCCCAGACAGUACAUCCAAGCCUUGAUUUAUAUGUCUUAAAAACACUGAGCAGCUCCCAAAGCAGGCUGUGUCCCUGGAGAGGACUAGAUGGUUAAGAUUAAAAUUCCUCAGCAAUAUUCAGCCUUUUCAGGGAAAGAAAAACAGAAUAGCAAGGCAGAGUGAGAAGAGACGUACAGUAGCAGACAGACUGACUGACUCCUUUGGCUGCUGAAUUGAGUGGAAGUGCAUUUUCCCUGGUAAUUGCUGGAUAUCUGAUUAUUUCAUCUAACAUGAAGGUGCUGGGAAUUUUUCUGUUGUUGGAAGUUUCAGGCUUCUUUCCCAUUUUUUCCAGCCCUUCUCCUCCAGUCCAUUGCCGCUGGAAUUCUUUUGGCCCUUGGUCUGAGUGUGAUGGCUGUACUCACCAACAGAUUCGUAGACGGACAGUAGCAGUUUACGGCCAGUAUGGAGGAAACCCCUGCUCUGGUGAUGCCUCUGAAACAAGACCAUGCACCCCCACGAGGGGAUGCCCAACAGAGGAUGGCUGUGGUGAUCGGUUCAGGUGUUUCUCAGGUCAGUGCAUUAGCAGAUCUCUUGUGUGCAAUGGAGAUCAGGAUUGUGAGGAAGAUGGUGCAGAUGAAGAUCGAUGUGAAGAGAAGACAACUGUAUGUGAUAUUGAUAAAACACCUCCGAAUUCAGAACUUACAGGAACAGGCUUUGAUGCCAUUACUGGUGAGACUAGGGGAAGAGUCAUUCAUACAAAAAGCUUUGGAGGACAAUGCAGAAAGGUCUUUAGUGGCGAUGGGAGAGAAUACUACAGGCUGAGCGAAAGUGUUCUUGCUUAUACUUUCCAGGUUAAAAUUCAGAAUGAUUUCAGUUAUGAGUUUUUCAACAGCAGCUGGUCUUAUAUGAAACACACAGAGAGGUAUGAAAAAUCAAACAGUGGACACAGUUAUUCACACAAUAAAAUUCUGCAACAGAGUCAAAAGAGUAAGCAGCUGAUGGUUGUUGAGAACAGUGUGGAAGUUGCUCAGUUUAUUAACAACCGCCCAGACUUUCUCACUCUUGCGGAGCCCUUCUGGAAGGAACUGGCCAACCUUCCAGUUGUCUAUGAGUACAACGCCUACCGAAGACUUAUCGAACAUUUUGGGACUCAUUUCUUACACUCUGGAUCUCUAGGAGGACAUUACAAAGUUAUUUUUUAUAUGGAUACUGACAAAAUGCAAGAGGAAGGUAUGAGCAUAACAGACAUGUACGAGUGCACCACAUCAGGCUGGAACGCAUUCAUUGUGAAAAAGAAGAAAGUAAAGUGCUCCAAACUGGAUGAACUACUACAGACCUCUUCAGGAAGAAGUGGUAAUAAGAUUAAAGGAGACCCCUACAUAGAAGGAGGAAGCCCAGGUGCUGUUGCUGGCCUUAGUUAUCUUGAGCUGAAUAAUCCUGCUGGGAACAGUCAGAGAUACUCCUUUUGGGCCAGAUCAGUGACAGACUAUCCCAGAGUAAUUAAACAAAAGCUAACACCAUUGUAUGAGCUGGUAAAGGAAGUGCCCUGCUCCUCAGUCAAAAAGCAUUACCUAAAACAAGCCAUCGAAGAAUAUAUGGCUGAAAAUGAUGCCUGCAAAUGUCAGCCUUGCCAGAAUGGUGGUGAGGCGGCCGUGGAAGGAACUCAGUGCGUGUGUUACUGCAAGCCUUACACCUUUGGAGCAGCUUGUGAGCUGGGAGCUCUCGUGCAAGAUCAGUCAGGUGUGGUUGAUGGACACUGGAGCUGCUGGUCUUCCUGGAGUCCUUGCUCAGGGGGAAGGAAAUCAAGGAGCAGAACCUGCAACAACCCCUCGCCACGUGGCGGAGGGAAGGCGUGCAUAGGAGAGCAGCAUGAAAGCAGACCAUGUGAAGAUGAAGAGUUGCAGCAUUUUCGCUUGAUUGAACCACACUGUUUUGAUUUAUCCCUAACCCCCACAGAAUUCUGUUCACCUCCUCCUCUCUUGGAAAACGGAUUUGUUCAAAAUGCUGAAAACUCAUACCCUGUUGGGAAAAGCAUUGUUUAUGCUUGCAGACAUGGAUAUUCUCUUGUUGGUGAUUCUGUUGCUAAGUGUGGCAGUAAUUUACAGUGGCAAGUUGGAGACAGAUAUUGCCAGGAAACCUCUUGUCUCCUGCCCGUCCUGGAAGGGGGUUUACAAGGAGAGCCAUGGAAACCCGUGUAUGAGAUUGGUGAGAGAAUAACUCUGUCUUGUCCACAUGACAUGCGCCUAGAAGGGGCACGCUCCAUUUUGUGUGAGCCCAGUCUCAAGUGGUCUCCUGACAUGAAGACUAUUCAGUGCAAGAGACCAGUGCCCAGUGUGAAACCAGAAGUGACAGAGCCUAAAUGUCAGCCAUGGGAGAAAGUGCAUCAGUCGCAAUGUGUGUGCAAGAUGCCCUAUGAGUGUGGUCCUUCCCUGGACACCUGUGCUACAGAUCAAAGAACCAAGAGAAACACACCUUUAACUGUUUGCAAGAUGCAUGCCUUGGAGUGCAUGGGCAGGAAAUAUUCUCUUACUAAUGCAGAAAACUGCAAAAUACCUCAAGCAACCGAAAUAUCAUGUGGAUCAUGCCGUUCGUGGGAAAAAUGUGAUGCGCAAUCCAACAGCUGUGUCUGUGAUGAGGAUGGGUCGUGCGAGGAGGGAGGCAUACAGAUCUGCGCUGAAGUGAGUGCCUCUGCUGUCCGUCGGACCAUGACCGAGUGCGAGGCUGGGCAGCUCAAAUGCCGGGGGGAGACUGUCACCCUUGUCAGCAUAAGACCCUGCAACGUACAGAGCAAAUAAGAUAUGUUACGGUUCAUUUUGCUCAUUGCCAUGGGAUAUGUCAAAAUGUGUCAACUCUUGGGCAGGACAUACUUUGAACAUUGCUCUACCAAAUGCAAGCUCUGCUGUGAAGUCCACUGCAGCUGACGAGACUGUGUGCAUCAGCUCUGGUCGGCUCUGAAUCAGGCCCUCCGGCUCUUUGCUGGCAGAGCUGCACUCAUUCCACUGCUCGUGACAGGGCUCUUGCUUCGGCCCCAGACUUAGCACUGGCAAGUUUACUUCACAUUUCCAGCAGAAUUAAAAAAUAUUGCUGAAGUGCAAUGCCAAAGUAGCAUUUAUAGUGAUGGAUUACAGUGUCUGACAUUGUAAAUAUAUUUUUCUUAAAGCCACAUGAGCAUAUGUAUGCACGGAGUAGAUUUAGAUUAAAAAAAAAAAAGAAUGGGCUUUACAGAGUAAGAGAUAUGAUUCUUCUCUUUUAACAAAGUAGCUUCUUCCUACUGUGCCUUAUUCAGUUGAGCGAACAGUAUACAUACUGCACAGCAUAGAACCUGUUGUUGACCCUGAAGCUCUUAAAGGUCAAAACAAUGUGCAUUAAUAGUAAAGCCAGCUUAGAGUAAUGAGAAGACUUCUAUGCUUGCAGCUUCUUGUACACAGAAUCCCUUCAUGAAUAAUUGCCAUUUUACAUUGUCAUAACUAUCAUCAUGAGCCACAUUUGUAAUCACAGGUAACUCAGUUGCAUGUCACAUGCAUUUAUGUUUGCGCCAAGACCAGUUUGCUUACAGACCGUUGCACAUAGAGGCCUUCCACCACAGCAGAACUUUCUCAAAGGCAGCUAUUAGGGAAAGCGUAUCUUCACAGAAAUGGAGACGCUCUGCAUGCAGCCCCCCUGGAGAUAACUUUGGACAGUCUCCUAAGACUGUUCCUGAAUAAAAUAAGUCUCUUACACUCUUUUCUUACACAGCUAAGCAUGCUGUCUAGGUUAGUCAGACAGUGACAUGUUUGCUCACAUGUGGUGUACCUUGCAAGUCCAUUCAGGUACCCAUCCUGUCAGUCUGAUCCCUUCUGACUAUUCUGAGCUGCAAACAAGGACAAAGGGCUGGAUAGCAAGGAUGUGAUCAAGCAAGUGCAGCAAUAUCAGCAGGAAGCCUGUAUGCUUUUUAAGCAACAGAUUUUAUUUCUUAUGAUCAAUAAAUAUCUACCAGAUAAAACA